CGCUGACGCGGGAGCGAAUGGAAAUAAGCCCUCUUUACGUUCGAAAGGAGUUUGAGAUUGACGGCGAAAUCGGCGAUCAAUGGGAAGUCAGAAGGUCCAGGGUCCGCCUAGGUGGAUUAAUCGGGAGCGGAGCCUUCGGCAGGGUGUACGCGGCUGCGCUUGAGACCCCAGGCGCGGAAACCGUUACUGUCGCUGCGAAGAAAUUAGCUGACAACGCGUCGGAAGAAGAAAUGCAAGACUUUCUUCGCGAAAUAGAAAUGCUGAAACACGUCGGCUCCCACAAACAUGUUAUCCGUUUAAUCGGGUGUUGCACCAAACGAGCUCCUCUUAUGGCAUUACUGGAGCAUGCACCCAGAGGAGACUUGUACACUCUGCUGCGAACGGCGAGAGGGAGAAAAAAACCUGACGACCUCUCCAAUAUAACUAGAAGAAUUGAUAGCGACGUAAAUGAACGACCUUCUCAGGCUGAUUCGGGAUAUACAAAUUUCAGCGGUUUUGAUCCACCUAUCGAACAGAAGUUUUACUUGGAAGGAGAACCAAGACGAGACCAUUAUGUGGCGGAACCUACGCUACAGUUAAAUAGUAGCACUAUGCGGGAUUAUGCACUACAAGUUGCGCUGGGAAUGAAGCAUUUAGAAGAGCGCGGAAUUACUCAUAGAGAUCUAGCAGCCCGUAACAUCCUGGUAGACGGAGCAGGCGUCCUUAAAGUAGCUGACUUUGGGUUGUCUAGAACCGGAGUCUACGUGCACACCAGAUCGCAAGUGCAGGUGCCCUUGCGAUGGCUCGCACCUGAGGCCAUUCUGCACUCACAGUAUUGUACGAAAAGCGAUGUUUGGGCAUUCGCUGUAUUAUUAUGGGAAAUUGCUACGUUAGGAGGAUUUCCAUAUUCAGAGUUAAGUAAUCAUCAAGUACCGCCGUACCUAGCGAGGGGAAUGCGCUUGCCGAAGCCUGCACGCGCCUCCCCGCGCCUAUACCAGCUUAUGAUUGACUGCUGGGCAGAGGACCCUCGAAAUCGACCCAGUUUUGCACAGAUCGUCGAACGGUUAACAGUACAGAAGCAGUUAUACGUAGACCUCGACUGCGUAUUCCCCCCAACAGAAGACGAGCAUGAACUCCGCGAACUAACCUCAUAAGGUGAAAGACAGCCCGAGAGCAUCUAUAUCCUGCCUUAUCCACACAGAGAUGCAAUUUAAGCCAACGUUUAACAAAUUAUUAGUAGAAACAAUGGCUUAAAUGGCAAUACAACCGGAAGGACAGAAUAUGAAUGCCACGGCGCUGUCUUUCGCCAAACGUGUUAUCUUUGCUGGCUCCAGCCACAGCUGUAAAGACUGUAUGUUUAUUGUUGUUACCUUGUCUAUUGCACAGUAAAU